GAAACAAGAAAGCCCUACCUUUAAAAUUCUUCAAAGGGGCUUUUAUUGUUCCAUUGUUUAUUUUUAGAUAGAAAAAAAAAAGAAUGGGAUCUUAUCAAUUAAUCAGAGAGAAGAAUGAUGCAAGAUUAAGUCGUGAUCUAGAACAAGGGGAUAUGCAAGUUGAAGCAGAGUUAAGAAGUAUUACAAGCGAUGCACAAAGGGACAAUAAUGAUCAUGUGGAAUUGGCAGCUUUGACAUCUCCAAAUUUGUUCACAAAUACAUUGCCAAUAUCAGGCAGCAGCCCUAAGACUAGUGGAGAUGGUCGCCUUGUUUCUCUUGACGUUUUUCGCGGUAUCACUGUUGCAUUAAUGAUAUUUGUAGAAUACGCUGGUGGACUUUAUCCCGCUGUUAAUCAUUCACCUUGGAAUGGUUUAAGCCUAGCAGAUUUUGUCAUGCCAUUUUUCCUCUUUAUUGUUGGACUCUCUCUUGGACUUGCAUACAAGAACUUGCGCUGUAGACUGACCGCGACUAGAAAAGCAAUAUAUCGUGCACUUAAGCUUUUCAUUAUUGGACUUUUUCUUCAAGGAGGCUAUUUUCAUGGUCUCAAAAAUCUAACUUAUGGUGUGGACAUUGAGAAUAUUAGAUGGAUGGGUAUAUUGCAGAGAAUUGCAAUUUCAUUUUUGGUGGCAGCAAUGUGUGAAAUUUGGCUUAAGGGACGUGAUAAUAGUGAAGUCAAUUCAGGGAAAUCUUUGCUGAAGAAAUACCAUAAACAAUGGGCCAUCGCUAUAAUCGUUACUGUUGUAUACCUAUCUUUGUUCUACGGUUUAUAUGUUAAUGAUUGGGAGUAUCAGUUGCCAACGGACAUAACAAAGACAUUCUCAGUAAAAUGUGGUGUACGGGGAGAUACGGGGCCAGCAUGUAACGCUGUUGGAAUGAUUGAUCGAAAACUAUUUGGUAUUCAACACUUAUAUACAAGGCCAAUUUAUGGACGAUUAAAAGAAUGUAGUGUCAAUUCCCCUGACUAUGGUCCCCUGCCUCUAGAUGCUCCAUCAUGGUGUCAAGCUCCUUUCGAUCCAGAAGGCGUUCUGAGCUCAUUAAUGGCGAUUGUAACUUGCUUCAUUGGUUUGCAUUACGGGCACAUUAUAGUCCAUUUCAAGAAUCAUAAAGUUAGAAUUCAACAAUGGUUGAUACCAUCCUAUUGUCUUGUGCUGUUGGGUGUAAUAUGUGACUACUUCGGGAUGCAUUUAAACAAGGUUUUGUACUCUUUUAGUUAUAUGUGUGUUACUGCUGGUGCAGCUGGAUUUCUCUUCACUGCAGUCUAUGUGAUGGUUGAUGUAUUGGGUUAUAGGUGCUGGACUACAGUGCUGAAAUGGAUGGGAACAAAUGCAUUGCUGAUCUACGUUCUUGUAUCCUGCAACAUUCUGCCGGUUAUUUUGCAAGGGUUUUAUUGGACGCAGCCUGAAAAUAACAUUCUCACAUUGAUUGGUGUCGGACACACCAAGUAGUAGACAAACAAUUGGCAUGUAAGACGGGACUAGGAUUUGAACUUUAUCGGUUCUAAAUUCUA